GGCUAACGUCGACUUCAAUCCACUCGACAAGACGGCACCUUCCCAAUCGUUCAUCGAUCUGUGUCGCCAACGCUUCAUAUCACUUCAUACGUUGAUUCUGAGGAUCAAUUCACUUCUUUUCACACCAUCAAGACGCGCUCUCCUAGACCUCGAGAUGGAUACUCUCGUGGCCCGAUACAGCCGCCCGGCAGCACACCAAAAUGAGACGUUUGGAGCUGACCAAGAUGAGGACCUCUUCAAUGACAUGGCUCCCACCCUAUCCUUGAAAUUCGCCAUGCCACCUGUAGCACAACCGUCAGCCUGGCUCCGCGCAGCCACAGACGACCGAUCCAAUCCUGCCUGCCCCAUUAAGAUAGCCCACGGUACGACAACGCUCGCCUUCCGCUUCCAAGGCGGUAUCAUCGUAGCGACCGACUCGCGCGCCACGGCGGGCAACUGGAUCGCCUCCCAGACGGUGAAGAAGGUCAUCGAGAUCAACAACUGCCUACUGGGCACCAUGGCCGGCGGAGCUGCCGACUGCCAGUACUGGCUGGCCUGGCUCGGCAUGCAGUGCCGCCUGCACGAGCUUCGCCACAAGCGCCGCAUCUCCGUCGCCGCUGCCAGCAAGAUCCUCGCCAACCUCGUCUACCAGUACAAGGGCAUGGGCUUGUCCAUGGGCACCAUGUGCGCGGGUGUCACGAAGGAGGAGGGCCCGGCGCUGUACUAUAUCGACUCGGACGGCACACGGCUACCGGGCAACUUGUUCUGCGUUGGCUCAGGUCAGACGUUUGCAUACGGUGUGCUCGAUGCAGAGUACCGGUACGACUUGACGGAGGAGGAGGCGCUGGCACUCGGCAGCCGGAGUAUCCUGGCUGCAACCCACAGAGAUGCGUACUCGGGUGGCUUCAUCAACUUGUAUCAUGUCAAGGAGGACGGAUGGGUCAAGCAUGGCUUUAGCGAUACAAACCCCAUUUUCUGGAAGACGAAGUUGGAGAAGGGCGAAUUCACCAACGUCACGAGCCAAUUCGAACGCAUAGAAAGGUGAAUAGAGAGCAGAGAACCUGUUGGACUGUCACGAUAGUCAACUGGGCAUUACAUGGGCUUCGAGGAUCACUAUGUAAAUGUACAAUUAAGGCGUCGAAUCCGGCGGAGUUGGCACA